GUGGACCGGACCGAAACCAUCCGCAGCUGCGUCAACCCCACCUACUCCAAGGUCUUCACGCUGGACUUUUACUUUGAAGAGGUGCAGCGGCUGCGUUUUGAGCUCUUCGACAUCAACAGCAGUCACAACGGGCUGAAGGAGGCUGACUUCCUGGGAUCUGUGGAGUGCACGCUGGGACAGAUCAUCUCGCAGAGGAAACUGUCCAAAGCUCUGCUCCGGCCCGGGGGGACGGUGGGGAAGGCCAUCAUCACGAUCACAGCCGAGGAGCUGACGGGCAACGACGACUACAUCGAGCUCUCCUUCAGCGCCAGGAAGCUGGACGACAAGGACUUCUUCAGCAAAUCCGACCCGUUCCUGGAGAUCUACAGGGUGAACGAUGACGCCACCAUGCAGCUGGUCUACAGAACCGAGACCGUCAUGAACAACCUCAACCCCGUCUGGAAGACCUUCAAAGUGUCCCUGAACUCGCUGUGCAGCGGAGACCACGACCGCAAGCUGCAGUGCACGGUCUGGGACUGGGACUCCAACGGGAAGCACGACUACAUCGGAGAGUUCGAAGCUUCGUUCAAAGAGAUGAAGGGAGCCAUCGACGGACGACAGGUGCAGUGGCCGUGCAUCAACCCCAAAUACAGAGUGAAGAAGAAGAACUACAGGAACUCUGGGAUCGUGAUUCUGAACCAGUGCAAGGUCAUCAAGAUGCACUCCUUCCUGGAUUACAUCAUGGGAGGCUGUCAGAUCCAGUUCACAGUCGCCAUCGACUUCACGGCGUCAAACGGAGACCCCCGGAACAGCUGCUCCCUGCACUACAUCCACCCCUACCAGCCCAACGAGUACCUGAAGGCGCUGGUGGCUGUGGGGGAGAUCUGCCAGGACUAUGACAGUGAUAAAAUGUUCCCAGCGUUUGGCUUCGGCGCUCGGAUCCCUCCUGACUUCCAGGUCUCCCAUGAUUUUGCUGUGAAUUUCAAUGAGGAUAACCCUGAGUGUGCAGGGAUCCAGGGGGUGGUGGAGGCCUACCAGGCCUGCCUCCCCAAGCUGCAGCUCUACGGCCCCACCAACAUCGCCCCCAUCAUCCAGAAGGUCGCCAAGACGGCGUCUCAGGAGGUCCACACCAAAGAGGCCAUGGGUGUCUCUCCUGGUUUCUGUUUUCUCAGCUGCCUGUCGUUCGUCGUCACCCCCACAGUGAAUAUUCCUUUCCAUUCUUUCCUCCUGCAAUACUUCAUCCUGCUGAUCCUGACGGACGGCGUCAUCACAGACAUGGCCGACACCAGGGAGGCCAUCGUCCAGGCCUCCCACCUCCCCAUGUCCAUCAUCAUCGUCGGGGUCGGGAACGCCGACUUCAGCGACAUGCAGAUGCUGGACGGCGACGACGGGAUCCUGCGCUCUCCCAAAGGGGAGCCGGUGCUGCGGGACAUCGUCCAGUUCGUCCCGUUCCGCAGCUUCAAACAUGCCUCUCCAGCGGCUCUGGCUAAGAGCGUGCUAGCAGAAGUGCCCAACCAGGUGGUUGACUACUACAACAGCAAGGGCAUCAAGCCCAAAGUGCCCAGCGAGUACCAGUCUUCCAGGCCAUUCGGCCCCUGAGUGGCGCCGAGCCGCCGCCUCUGGACCGAAACAAGUGUUUACCGUCUUCUGUUCUUCGUUAGCGCAGACGCUGAAGGUGCCGCAGAUCUUUACAGGGAGACGCUGACCUUCUGGUUCAACUCUGACCUUCUGGUUCAACUCUGACCUUCUGGUUCAACUCUGACCUUCUGGUUCAACUCUGACCUUCUGGUUCUCUUUUGACCUUCUUGUUCUCCUUUGACCUUCUGGUUGACCUUAGACCUUCUAUUGCUCCACCACAGAGGGCUUCUCAGGUCCACUCAGUUCUGAGGGACCAAGACCUUUGGUCUGUUUUAUGCAGUCUGGACAAGAAGGGGUUAAAGAGAAGCAGACGGUCAAGAGACAGAUGGUCUUCCUCAAACCUAAAUUAUGAAUCAAUCACAGGAUAGAAGUUCUAGCCUGAUCCUUGUGGAGAUCCCAGAAGACUUUGGUGCAGAGAUGUUUGUUCUUCAUCGUAAAGACGAGGAACUCAAAUCAGAUCUUGAAAUUUGUCCGUAAAAAUCUUCUGUCGGGUCCGGUGUUCUCCUCAGCAGAACAUGGGGCGGUGGUGGGCGUUGCCAGCAAGUUCAGCUGACCACACCCAAGCAGAUGACUGUGAGGCAUCUCAGGAGGGGCGUGUCUGUUCUGAGGAAGACUUAAGUCAGAACCACAACAUGAAAGACAAACAUCUUCUGCCUUCAACCCGUCCUGAUAGCUUCACCAAAAACAAACCGAGUCACAUGACCUGAGUGACGGUCACACUGUGGUUUGGGCGGUGGUCAAAGGCAGAUUCUUUGGUGGCCCAAUUGGUCAAGGAAUUUAACUUUUGGGGUUUUGUCUCUCUUUUCUGAAACAAGGAUCAGAGGAGCAAAAACCAUCAGGAUUCCAGAAAGACCUGCAGGUCCAGAGCUGCUUCUUAGGAGGACAGAAAACUGAUCUGGAUCCAAUCUCAUUUUCAGAUCCAAACGAUCUCUGGUCCUCCAGACUCCAGAAACCUUUCAGAUUUUAAAAACUCUUUAGACUAGAAAUCCUCCAAACUCUAGAAACCCUCUAGACUCCAGAAACCAUCCAGACUCCAGAAACCAUCCAGACUCCAGAAACCCUCCAGACUCCAGAAACCAUCCAGACUCCAGAAACCCUCUAGACUCCAGAAACCAUGCAGACUCCAGAAACCCUCCAGACUCCAGGUUUUGGUCAGAAUGCUGCACCUUCAGCGCCUGCCGUGCAUGCAGGCCGAGUUCUGUCAGGAGAACCCUCCACAGACCCGGGAAAAGCACACAAAUGCACCACUGACAACCCAAACGCUGCUUCCCUGCAUGACGGUGGGAGGCAGUGAGUGAAUGAAUGUAACCCCCCCCCCCCUUUUAUAGGAGCCUUUGGUUAGGCCGAUGAGCAUUUUGGGCCCCGAGCUGCCUCUGGGGCCCCUGCACCCCCGCUGCCUCUUCUGGGACGCUGCAGCAGAUGCAUGACGUGUUGUUUUGCAUGCAGAUCUCCAUGUUCUGUUUCCUGCUAUUCUGUGAGUGACGUUUACAUGCGCCCCCCCCAGUGGCGCUCCUCUACUCGCGCAUGUUCAGGUCAGUGAAAAUGUGAGUAGAUUUAAAAGCACAACCUGAAUCCUUGAGACGUUUCUAGAUGAUAGAUUCUGUGUCUAAACGGCUGGAAGUCCUCACAGUCCAACCACAGGGAAACCGGCUCCAUCAAUGCAGACCGGAACCAAAAACCCAGAUGUUAGAUCAGCUGAUGGUCCCAUUCCAAAAAAACAUACACAGACAUUCACACAGCUCUGUCUUUUUUUAAGGUUAUUUCAUCACACAUGUCAAAUGGGAUCAGAUCUCUGAUCAGAGGUUGACCGCUCUACCCCCGCGCCACAGCUGUGUUAUUGUCAUGAAUUAAAUUUUAUGUUCAAGGUUUAUCAUUUCUGUUUCAUUUUUUAAAAUGUUUCAGUUUAGCAAUAAAAACCCACGACCCUGAAAGGGACAAAGCGGACAGGAAGAUGAAUGAAAGAAUAAAAACGCACAUUAUAUACAACUUUUAUUUUUCCAUUAUUCUCUGUCGGUAAACGUUUAGGGUUGAUAUUUUUAUGUUUAUUGUAUAAAAAGAAUCAACGUUUAAAAUCUAAAGAGAAGAAGCUUCUCGUGUCGUCUUCCAGUGUUCCUGGCUGGAUGUAUUGUUGGACUAGUUUCUCUGUGGUUUGACAAAAAGAAGUAGAGGAGGAGUAAAGGUGGAGGACAGGUGGAGCACAGGUGGAGCUCAGGUGGAAGACAGGUGGAGGACAGGUGGAGCACAGGUGGAGGACAGGUGGAGCACAGGUGGAGGACAGGUGGAGGACAAAUGGGUAACAGGUGGAGGACAGGUGGAGGACAGGUGGAGGAUAGAGGGGUAACAGGUGGAGGAGAGGUGGAGUAUCUUGGUGUUAACAUGCAGUAUUGUGCGCAAAGAGAAAAGACUUGUGAUAAUAAAGUUUUCUGAAUGCUCUCAGUCUCAGUUUCUUUUAUUUAAGAAGAUCAAAGGAAAACCAAAAACAAAAAAGAAACUCACCUCCAUCAUGUGACCCCAGUUUUUCAAAAUAAAAGCCACUGCAGCUCCACACGACUGAUUCUGUCAGAAAGCUUCAUAAAGUUUAGUUUCAUAAAUGUUUAAAAGUUUGUUUGUUCAAUUCUAGUCAGGUGGUCAGUUAGCUGGUGAAGUAGUUUUGUUAUUAAUUACUUAUUUUGUUAAUUCAAUUUAAUUCAAUUCAAUUUUAUUUCUAUAGCCCUAAAAUCACAAAGAAUAUUUGCCUCAUUGGGCUUCAUGCAGGUAAUUUUACAUAAAAUAUGAACAAUAGUUAAAAACUAAGCAGACCAAAUAAAACUGGUUAAUCAGUUAACUAGCAAGCUGACCAGAUAACUCAGUCCCUUCACUUCACCCUUAAAAGAACUAUUCCACAAACCCCUCCCCCUCAAAUACCCACAGGUGGAGCAGAAGAAUUCAGAUUCAGCCUCAGUUGGUUAUUCUGUCAGUUUAGUUUUGUGUUUUUCCGUUUUCAACAAAGAUCAUUUUCAUCCAGCAGCUCCUGGUGGGAGCUUUUUUAUUUUUAUUUAUUUAUUUAUUUUUUGCUGCAGCUGCCACAACAAUACAGCUGAAACCAAGGAGGGGGGGGCUGAAAGCAGCAAUUAUCAGUGGCAGGAGGACAAAGGAGAGGAGCGAGAGGCCAACGCUGCUGUCACAGCAAGCAGGAGAAUCUGGAAGAAAACAUCUCAGCAGGAAGAUUCCCUUCAUCACCACCAUCAUCUUCAUCGCUGAAGACUCUGUCCUCCAGCUGAUGGUGUCUUCGGUGAAUCGCUUUAGCCUCGAACCAGACGGGAACAUCUCUUGUUUUCACAUUCAUCAUUCCAGGAGUCGAUCUCUGAACAUUGAGGACGAGUCCAGAACUCCUCUUUACGGCCAAGUCCGUUAUUGCUGGACACUCGGCUGUCACAGCAGGUCAGAGGAACUCGGGAAGAGUUGAUGAGGAACCAGGACGAGGGGAGAACGUGAUGACAGGAAGAAGUCUGAGAAAACAACAUAGGUUGUAUUUGAGGUGAGUUUUUCUCCAUCGAUUAAUUUAAUUGGACGAGAGCUAAGCUCCUCCUCUUUCGGGUAAAGUUGAUCUCCUUGUAACUCGUAUGUUUGGGUUCAGUUUCGUGGCAGUUUGUCUUUUGAGUUUUUGAGUCCUCAGCUAAACCGACAUGAAGACAACGUUCACACGUGUCGACAUCAGGAUCCAGAUUGUAUUUGUGAUGUCACAACAAAAACUGGGUGUGUUUGUGUACAAAAUACAGGCCUUCUUCCGUCCAUCGUUUUGUUGUUUUUCUCUACUUUGCACUUUGUCUCUUCUUAACUCCUCCCUCUUCUCAGUUCUUUUCCAUUUGGCCUGUAAUACAUUGUAAUUUAAAAACAUUUGUUUUAAUCUUUAAAGUAAACUGAACAAUAAUAU